AUGGGUGAUGUAUUUUUACGUCCUAUGAUGAAUAAUUUAAAUAAAAGUCGAGGAUCUGUUUCAGCUAUUUUUGGAAUUUUAUCAGCAGUGUCUCUUGUAACAGGAUCUAUUGCAACCAUAUUUACAAAUGCAUAUGGUUGUCGAAAAGUUACUAUAAGUGGGACUUGCUUAGCUACUACCGGUUUUUUAACAAGUUAUUUUUGGGCAAAUCUUUGGCUUUAUUAUCUAACAAUUGAUAUUACUGGAGUUUCUAUUUUGAAAAAAAAACGUUCUUUUGCUAUGGGUAUUGCAGUUUGUGGUUCAGGUUUGGGUACAAUGAUAUUUCCAGCUGUCAUGCCAUAUAUUAUCAAUGCACCAUUGUGGUUUGAUUAUGAAGAAGCUCUUCUAUUUGAAGCAGCCAUUAUCUUUACUUCUCUUAUAUUUGGUACUUUAAUGAUUCCUUUACCACAAGAACCAAGUGAAAUAAGAGUUGUAGAAAGAAAAGCACAAGCAGCAGCUAAACAACAAAUAUUCAAAACAAGAAGUGCAACUAAUCAAAAUGAUAACCAACAAAAACAAUUACUUCUAACAAAUCAAAAAAAAGACGAAACUCAUUCGAGAUCUUAUGAAAAUGUAUCUGAAAUAGUAAAAACGAAUGUACCAGUAGCAAUUGCACGUAAAGAUGCAAUUUAUCAAGGUCGUUUACAUAAUAUACCAUUAUAUAAUGAAAAUACUGAUGAAUAUCAUCGUCAAAUGAUAAAAACAAGUGACACAAUAAAUAAAAAAAACUCAGAAAAUGCUGCAUUUACUUUAUUUGUUAUAUCGAAUAUUUUAACAAAUCUUGGUUUUUAUGUUCCAUACAGUUUUGCUAAUGAUUUAGCUGCUGAUGCUCAAGUAAUUGAACAUAAAAAACAUUGGAUUAUAAUGUCAAUUGGUAUACGUAAUUGUUUUGGUCGAGUUAUUAUCGGUUAUUUAGCUGAUCGAUCAUGGGUCAAUCGUUUAAUAUUAUAUAAUAUAACAUUAAUAAGUGGUGGUAUAGUAACAAUGUGUGCACCAUUUUGUAAUUCUUUUGUUCAAACACAUGUGAUAUAUGCUGGAUUAUUUGGAUUUUUUUCUGGUGGUUAUGUUGAUUUAAAUAGAUGGAAAAUGAUGAUUAUUUUAGACAAAUUUAUUUUUAUUUGUUAG